AUCUAAUCUAAAUCGUAGGUGGGAAAUUCGUGCUCGGAAGGGAGACAGACAAUAAAAGAAAGAGAUAAAAGAUACGAGAUAUAAGAUAAUUUUCGAUCUACGGUAAACACCUUACAUUGAUUAAUGAGAUCAUUUGCAUUGACACAGCUAUCGCAAAUAGCUGAUAACAUGCCAAUCAAACCUAAUUAACAGUCAAGGUUAACUACAUCACGUCUCUAUAAAUGAACGAUCGGAGAUAAAUCAUUGGAAACUGUCUCAAGAAGUGCAAGAAAACUCAGGAAAUGUUUGAAAAAUGUAUAAAUUUCAAUUUCUUUUUUGUCCGUUUCCUUAGUAUUGUUUUGUUAUUAUUUACGAUGCCGACUAAUCAGCAGCAGCCAACUACGCCCACAGUGGGUACAACUGAAGGUGAAGUAACCGAUUUGUCGGAAAACGAAGUUGACAAAGCCUUGCUGAUGGACUUUGGACUAUACACCCCUGUAGAGUACCACUACGAAGUGAACCAAUGGAUAAACCAUCAGAAAGAAUACCCGUGGAUCGGAAAACACACGGAUGCUAGACUCGAAAUGUGCUACCAUCAAUACCUCAGAUGUGCGACAAGCCAAGAAUCGCCUGCUCCCGUCUGUGCAUUCUACUCACAAGUAUGGGAGUCCGGUGUUAAAACUGUGGACACUUAUUGUGAUGCUUUCUUCGAAAACUGCAGGAUAGGUUAUCAAUACUGGCGUCUUAUUACCUAUGGCAAGUGUGAUUUGGGAAGAACAUAUGGCUGGGACGAGGUCAUUGAAUAUUGAAGAAAGCCAAUACUUCAUCAUCAUCAUCAGCCCAUAUUCGUCCAUUGCUGGACAAAUACCCAAUUGCACGAGCUAUCUUCGGCUCAUCGAGAGCUAUCUUCGGCUGCUCACAUCAAGCUCCUGCCAGCCAUCCUGCGUACUACAGUAUAAUAUUUUGACGGGCCUGUUGGUCUAGUGGUUAGUGACCCUGACUGCUAUACCGGAGGUCGUGGGUUCGAUUCCCAUCCAAGACAAAUGUUUAUGUGAUGAGCACGAUCAUUUGUUCUCUGUCUGGGUGUAAUUGUAUUUAGACAUAUAUACCUAAGUAUGUUUAUCAGUGGUCUAGUACUCAUAAUACAAGCUUUGCUUAGUUUGAGACUAGAUCGCGUUAUGUGAAAGUUGUGGAAUAUUAUAGUAUAUACGACGAUAUUAACCUCACUCAAUAAAUGAAAUAAAGUGAAAAA